AAUGAGUUUGAUACGAGCAUCGAGCAAAUAGAAGAGGAUGAAAACUCCCCAGUAGAGAGGUACGAAUUAACCACUGAAGAAAUCAUCAAUCACGAGCAGAACCUUCAGGACCAACAAGGACCGGGACCUCGUUCUCGAUCAAUUAGUCAGGUGGCUGUGAAUCCCUCUGAACAGUACCAAAAGUCACAUAGGCCUUUUGAUUUCCAUGUUUUCCUUGAACAGCUCAAACGAAAGAGUGCGGAACCUAUCGUCAAGUAUAUACGGUCUUUUUUGGUUUCCUUUACCAGGCAAGCUCGUGGGUUCUCAUUGCAACAGAAGGCUAAGGUGGUGAAAGAUUUCAAGGCAUUUAUGUCUGAGAAAUUCAUGCUCUUCGAACCGUUUGCAUCAAUGGACGAAGUCGACUUGGAGAACUCUCGAGAAGGGUUGGAGAAAUUAAUCAUGAACCGCAUCUACUCGUUAUGUUUUCCUCCUGAAUUGGAGAAAACCCCCAAAUAUGUCCAGGGAUUAGUUGCCAAGGACCUCGAAAACGAUGACCAUUUCAACCAGCAAUUAGAGAAGUUCAGCUGGGUAAAUGGCUCCCACCUUGACGUUGAUUUGCAAAGACUCACUAGUAUAAAAGCCCAUAAUAGUGAAGAAGAGCUCAAUUUCAUGGAGUAUGCCAUAAAAGAGUUCACAAAAAUAAAUGAUUAUAGAGCCCCGAGAGAUAAGAUUAUUUGUAUUUUGAAUGGCUGCAAAAUCAUAUUUGGGUUUUUAAAAAUCAACAAACAAGAGACUAAUGCUGAUGCAUUUGUUCCUAUACUUAUUCUCAUUGUCAUCAAGGCCAAGAUCAAGCAUUUAAUUAGCAAUCUCCAUUAUAUUGAAAACUUCAGAGGUCUGGAAUGGUUGCAUCAUGGAGAAACCAGUUACUAUUUGUCCUCUUUGCAAGGUGCCAUUAGUUUCAUUGAAAAUCUCGAUCACGAAAAUCUUUCGAUCGAAAAAAAAGAGUACGAUGCCCAUAUUGAAGCAUGGGAAGCUAAUGAGACUUUGAGAAAAGAACAAGAAGUCACAAAGAAUAUACCUAUUACACGAGAUCCACGAGCUGAACAAACACAAGCAUCGGAAAACAUUUUGUCACCUUCCUCGGUGUUGAUGACAAGUGCUGAGAUGUUCACCAAAUCGUUGUCUAACUUUUUAUCGCCUUCCCCACAACCUGAACCGGUCUUAUCUACUGUACAAGAACAAGCAUCCAAUAAUACUACCAAGACCAUCAAAGAGACGUAUAAUCAGCUCAAAGAGAUAUUCCCCAAUCUUGAUUCGGCCAUCUUAAAGGACAUUGUGAUUAUGAAUAAAGGGGGGAUGGACGAGAGUUUAGAAGCAUGUUUGCAGAUCCUGAGUGACUGA